CUAAAGGGAGAACGUGAAUAGGGCGAGCUUUCGACUGAAGGGGUUGAGGUCUCGUUUCACCUUAUUCCUUGGGGCUGGGACAGAGUCGAUAUUCGCAACGGGGAGAGGUUGCGGUGUCCUGAGGGGCUGCUUCUCAAGAGUGCUGUCUGUUCCGCCGGCCAGGCCAGGAAGGGAAGCUCGGGUACCUUCCAGAGUGUCAGACCCAGCGCCCCUCUCCCGCUCCUCGCAGGUUGUUGUCCCCGCCAUGGCUGAGCUGAUCCAGAAGAAGCUACAGGGAGAAGUGGAGAAAUAUCAACAGCUACAGAAGGACUUGAGUAAGUCUAUGUCAGGACGGCAGAAGCUUGAGGCACAACUAACAGAAAAUAAUAUCGUGAAGGAGGAACUGGCCCUACUGGAUGGGUCCAACGUAGUCUUUAAACUUCUGGGUCCUGUGCUGGUCAAACAGGAGCUGGGGGAGGCACGGGCCACAGUGGGGAAGAGGCUGGACUAUAUAACCGCUGAAAUUAAGCGAUACGAAUCCCAGCUCCGGGACCUGGAGAGGCAGUCAGAGCGACAGAGGGAGACCCUUGCUCAGCUGCAGCAGGAGUUCCAGCGGGCCCAGGCAGCAAAGGCAGGGACUCCUGGGAAGGCCUGACCCUGUGGAGGUGGGGGGAGGGUGGGGAGGAGGGAAUGAGGCAGCUCUAGAUCUAUACUGUAGCUAAUAAAAUGUGAAAACACUU